AUGCGUCUCAUCAACCUCGCGUUCAGCAUCCUUGCGGGUGAAGCCGCUCUCGUCUUCGCGGCGCCGGCUGGCUCGGACCCUAACGUCUGCUGCUGCUGUGACAUCUCACAACCAGCCAUGGUCUGCACCACCAGCAGCGAGAUAUUCUCCUGCUCCUGCCUCGCCGUGGAGUGUCCAGAGGACGCUCCCGUCGUCUGGCGUAACCUCGACGAACAGCCUCCAUGUCUCUCUACGCCUCCAGCUCCGGCGCCCGAGCCCACCUUGCCAGCGGAGGGCGACACCGCCGACUGCUGCUGUUGCAACAUUGGCAAAGGUGCCAUAGUGUGCGACUCGAGACCUGCCGACGAAGGCUGCUUCUGCCCUCUGGUCCUUUGCCCUUCUGAUGCACCCACCAUCCGGGCUGAAUCUGACGUGCCCAUGCCCACGCCUACACCUCGCCUCGCGCCCUCUCCCGCGCCUCAACCUCUCGUCGACGCACGCAACGCCGAGGAGGGCUUGGUAGAGUGCUGCUGCUGCGACAGUUCCCAGCCCGCCAUCUCCUGCCGCAUGGUCCCUGAGGAGGAAGGUUGCUUCUGUAUCGCUGUGGUGUGCCCCGCUGGCGCACCAACUGUCUGGCCCGAAGGCAUGCCUGAGAUGACCCCGAUGCCCGAGGCACCGGCCUGUUGA